GGGAUUUACGAAAGAGUCCCUCGGGGAAGAGAGUGGGAUGGGCCGAAGUGGAGCGAUUGGGCCAGACGAACCCUAGGAAGGGGAAUAUGAGGGAGGGCGGCGAAGAGAGAGUGAAUUUGGAGAGGAAGAGAGAGAUUAGAGAUAUGAGAGGAAGAAGUUACAGUCCGUCGCCUCCGCCGCGUUAUAGCAGAAGAGGAGGGAGGAGUCCGAGCCCCAGAGGGCGGUAUCCUCCCCGUGGGAGUAGGGAUCUUCCUACCAGCCUUCUUGUUCGUAACCUUCGCCAUGACUGUAGGCCCGAAGAUCUUCGGCGUCCUUUUGGUCAAUUUGGUCCUCUCAAGGAUAUUUACCUUCCCAAGGAUUAUUACACUGGAGAACCCCGUGGUUUUGGUUUUGUGCAAUACGUGGAUCCUGCCGAUGCUGCCGAUGCCAAAUAUCACAUGGAUGGUCAAAUUCUUCUUGGUCGUGAGUUGACAGUUGUCUUUGCUGAGGAGAAUAGAAAGAAGCCAAAUGAGAUGAGGUCCAGAGAGAGAAGGGGUCGAUUUUAUGAUCGAAGGAGGUCUCCUCCUCGUUACUCCCGUUCGCCCCGUUACUCUCCAUCUCCACCGCCGCGCCAUGGAUCUCGUUCUCGCUCUCGUGACUAUUAUUCCCCUCCUCCUAAACGAAGGGAAUAUUCAAGAUCUGUCUCACCUGAGGGUAGAAGAAGGUACAGUCGAGAAAGAUCAUAUUCACAGCAUAGUAGAGAGAGGUCGUUUUCACGUUCCCCACCCUAUAAUGGGGGUUCAAGGAGCCGUAGUCAGAGUCCAGCAAUGGGCCCUGGCCCUGGCCGCAGCAGAAGUCCAAGUUCAAACCGUGGUGAUGCAAGGGAAUCAGCUCGUGCCAGGUCCCCCAGUCAGUGAGAAUGCGUAGAGACCUGCCUUGGAAUACUUGGUGCUUUAAUUGUCUGAAUAUUCAGCAAAUCACUUCUGUUUGCUGUUUCCUCAGCUCUGAGACAAAUGGAGUUGGAUUUUAAUUUAUGUGGUUUUAUGUAUCAGCUUUUUGUUGCUUGAAUUAGACAUCGUAGGGAAAGUUUAGUCCUAGUUGGAUUUUGAUUUGAACUAAACAUCGUAGGGAAUUUUAGUUGGAUAUUGGUAUGGAAUUUGCUAGUAUUUGAAUUAAACAUCGUAUGUUUUGGUGUUGUCUUUAAAUGCGGGCGUUGAUAUGUUAUGGAUCGUCAAAUCAUUGCUGUUGCAAAGAUACUUUUGUUGGUAUGAUGCACAUCAUAAAUUUUACCUAAAAUG